UCUCUCUCUCUCACACACACACACACGCACAUAAUGGGAAAGAAUUCUGGACUUUUUCCUCAUACUUCAGUGUUUCUGAUGCACUGUUGGGUGGCUUUCUUAUCACCAACUGCCAGCUUAGCCAAUUUAGCAGAUGAGCUUUCUCUUCUUGCCAUGAAAGCCCAUAUAACAUCUGACUCCAAAGACGUUUUGGCAACAAACUGGUCCACCACAACCUCCUACUGCAAUUGGUUCGGUGUCUCUUGCGAUGCUGCUCGCCAAAGAGUGAUAGCCUUGGAUCUUUCUAACAUGGAUCUUGAAGGAACCAUUGCACCCCAAGUUGGCAACCUCUCCUUCCUUGUUACCCUUGAUCUUAGCAAUAACAGCUUUCAUGCCUCUAUUCCCAAUGAGAUAGCUAAGUGCAGAGAACUACGGCAGUUGUAUCUAUUCAACAACAGACUCACUGGAAGCAUUCCACAAGCCAUUGGUAACUUAUCCAAACUUGAACAACUGUAUCUUGGAGGAAACCAGUUAACAGGUGAAAUUCCAAGGGAGAUAAGUCAUCUUCUUAGUCUCAAGAUAUUAUCAUUUCGAAGUAACAACCUCACCGCCUCAAUACCAUCUGCCAUUUUCAACAUAUCUUCUCUGCAGUAUAUUGGUCUUACAUACAAUAGUCUCUCCGGGACUCUUCCUAUGGAUAUGUGCUACAGUCUUCCAAAGCUUAGGGGGCUUUAUCUUUCUGGCAAUCAGCUGAGUGGAAAAAUCCCCACCAGCUUAGGUAAAUGUGGAAGACUUGAAGAAAUUUCCCUAUCAUUCAAUGAAUUCAUGGGAAGCAUACCAAGAGGAAUUGGCAGCUUGUCAGUGCUUGAGGUUUUAUAUCUUGGUAGUAAUAACUUGGAAGGAGAAAUACCUCAAACACUCUUCAACCUAUCUUCGCUGAGGAAUUUUGAACUUGGAAGCAAUAACCUCGGAGGUAUUCUGCCAGCGGAUAUGUGUUAUUGUCUUCCUAGACUCCAAGUCAUUAAUCUUUCACAGAAUCAGCUUAAAGGAGAAAUACCGCCUAGUUUGUCAAAUUGUGGAGAGCUUCAAGUGCUAGGAUUAUCAAUCAAUGAGUUCAUUGGAAGAAUACCCAGCGGCAUUGGCAACUUAUCUGGGAUAGAGAAGAUAUAUCUCGGAGGUAACAACUUGAUGGGAACAAUCCCAUCUUCAUUUGGUAAUUUAUCCGCACUGAAGACGUUGUAUCUGGCAAAAAACAAGAUCCAAGGUAACAUCCCCAAAGAGUUGGGUCAUCUUUCAGAAUUGCAGUACUUGAGUCUUGCCUCCAAUAUUUUAACAGGGUCUGUACCAGAAGCAAUCUUUAACAUCUCAAACCUGCAGUUCAUCGUGCUAGCAGAUAAUCACCUUUCAGGCAAUCUUCCAUCAAGCAUUGGCACUUCCCUCCCUCAACUUGAAGAACUUCUGAUUGGAGGCAACUAUUUAAGUGGAAUAAUUCCAGCAUCUAUUUCCAAUAUUACCAAACUCACCCGCCUGGAUCUAUCCUACAACCUCCUAACUGGUUUUGUGCCAAAAGAUCUAGGGAACUUGAGAUCACUCCAACACCUAGGAUUUGGAAAUAAUCAGUUAUCUGGUGAAUACUCAACCUCCGAGCUUGGCUUUCUAACUUCUUUGUCAAAUUGCAAAUUUUUGAGAAAUUUGUGGAUACAAGAUAACCCUCUAAAAGGUACUCUUCCAAAUUCAUUAGGGAAUCUCUCUUUGUCUCUUCAAAGUAUCAAUGCAUCAGCUUGCCAAUUCAAAGGUGUGAUUCCAGCAGGAAUUGGUAAUUUGACCAACUUGAUAGAAUUGGGCCUCGGAGAUAAUGACCUGACAGGAAUGAUUCCUACGACACUGGGACAACUAAAGAAGCUUCAGCGGCUGUACAUUGCAGGAAAUAGAAUACAUGGGUCAGUUCCUAAUGGUAUAGGCCACUUGGCAAACUUGGUUUACUUAUUUUUGAGUUCAAAUCAACUCUCUGGAUUAGUACCUUCAUCACUGUGGAGCCUGAAUCGUCUUUUGGUUGUUAACUUGUCUUCAAAUUUCUUGACGGGUGAUCUGCCAGUGGAAGUCGGAAGCAUGAAAACCAUAACCAAAUUGGACCUAUCACAGAACCAGUUUUCAGGCCACAUUCCAAGCACCAUGGGACAACUUGGGGGCUUGGUUGAACUCUCCUUAUCCAAAAACAGACUGCAGGGCCCCAUACCCCGGGAGUUUGGUAAUUUGUUAAGCUUGGAGUCCUUGGAUCUGUCCUGGAACAAUCUUUCUGGUGCCAUUCCGAGGUCACUAGAAGCUCUUGUCUCUCUCAAAUAUCUAAAUGUUUCUUUCAAUAAGCUAGAAGGAGAAAUUCCUGAUAAAGGACCUUUUGCAAACUUUACGACUGAGUCUUUCAUCUCCAAUGCGGGACUUUGUGGAGCACCUCGAUUUCAGAUCAUAGAAUGUGAGAAAGACGCUAGUGGGCAAUCACGGAAUGCAACAUCCUUCCUCUUGAAAUGUAUUCUAAUACCAGUUGUAGCGGCGAUGGUUUUUGUGGCUUUCGUUGUAUUGAUCCGCAGGAGACGAAGUAAGUCAAAAGCACCAGCUCAAGUCAAUUCAUUCCAUCUGGGAAAGCUUAGAAGGAUAUCGCAUCAGGAACUUAUUUAUGCAACCAACUACUUCGGUGAAGACAACAUGAUUGGAACAGGAAGCCUAGGCAUGGUACACAGAGGGGUAUUAUCUGACGGGUCGAUUGUUGCAGUAAAGGUUUUCAAUUUAGAAUUCCAAGGAGCAUUCAAGAGUUUUGACGCAGAAUGUGAAAUUAUGCGAAAUAUUCGGCAUCGUAAUCUUGUCAAGAUAAUCAGUAGUUGCUCAAUUCUCAACUUCAAAGCCUUGGUGCUGGAGUAUAUGCCUAAUGGGAGCCUUGAGAAGUGGCUCUACUCUCACAAUUACUGUCUGAAUCUUGUCCAAAGACUAAAUAUUAUGAUAGAUGUGGCAUCAGCACUUGAGUAUCUACAUUAUGAUUUUUCAGUUAAUCCUGUGGUGCAUUGUGAUUUGAAGCCCAACAAUGUUCUGUUAGACGAGGAGAUGGUUGCGCGCUUAGGGGAUUUUGGAAUUUCAAAAUUGUUGACGGAAACAGAGUCCAUGGAGCAAACAAGAACCUUAGGAACCAUUGGGUACAUGGCACCAGAGUAUGGGUCAGAAGGAAUAGUAUCUACAAGGGGCGAUGUGUACAGCUACGGGAUUAUGAUGAUGGAAACAUUUGCAAGGAAGAAGCCGACGGAUGAAAUGUUUGGUGGGGAGGUAACGCUGAGGAGUUGGGUGGAGUCAUUAGCGGGUAGAGUGAUGGAGGUUGUAGAUGGGAAUCUAGUGAGGAGGGAGGACCAACAUUUUGGCAUCAAAGAGAGCUGCCUGCGCUCCAUCAUGGCAUUAGCUUUGGAAUGUACAACAGAGUCACCUAGAGACAGGAUUGACAUGAAGGAGGUUGUGGUCAGACUUAAGAAGAUCAGAAUCAAAUUGCUCGUCAUAUGAUUCAGGAUUAUUCCUUCCUGCACAAACUGAUUUUAUAAUUAACAUGUUUCUUCUCCAUGAUGUUGACGGUUGAGAAUAUUUGUAGAUCAAAAGUAAUGCAAGUUAUAUUUGUUUCAACUAUCACAUUCCUAUCUGAAGACCAGUUUGUUUUCAAGUUCAAUAAUAUGACCCGUGAGGUAGUAUUCUACUU